AUGAACACCAGCAGUAGCACUCCGUUCCGCACCGCCGCACUGGCCGCGCUGGCCGUCGUCUCGUCCGACAACUUCGUCUCAGUCUGCCGCGACGCCACGUACAAACUCCCGAGCGCCCGCGGCGCCAUCUGCGCAGGCGCCGGUGACGCCCCGUCCGGCACUGCGUGUCCCAUGAUCGGCGACGUCGCGUCCGGCGACUGCUACGGGUACCUGCCGUCGUUCGAUGGCGCGCAGUGCACCGUCAAGGAAAACGCCGUGUGCACUAUCGUGAACGGCAACACGUGGGGCUGUGUCUUCCCGUCCACGGGCUGCCUCGACGUCGUCGCGACGUCGGACAUGCACACGUCAAUGGGCGGCCCGGACGCGGGUUUCCAGGCGGAGCUUCCAGGCCCCAAGAACGCGGACGUCGGCUUCAACGGGACGACGCCAGUGCCCUUCGACAACGAGGCGUCUGGUCUGCACCCGCAGCUGGCGACGCCCCCAGUGCCGCUCAACGGAGCUGCCGGGAUGCCCCCGCAGGAGCAGGUGCCGGCCCCGGGCGUGCACGACACCACUGGAGCUGGUGGUAUGCACCCGCAGGGACAAGUGCCGGCGCCUGUCGUGAACGGAGGGGCUGGUGGGUCUCAGAUGGGACCGACGCCCUCUGCCCUGCAGGGCCCUACGGGGGCCACUGUUGAGAUUAAGGAGAAGUCCGCGCACGACAACUCGGCGCUGACUACGACGAAUGCCGGGACGCCUUCGCAUCCUAUUGCUCAGGAGGGUCCGAACCCUAUCGAAGGCGGAGCUGCUGGUCCUCAUCCGACCCCCGCGACGAACUUGGGAGGAGAGCUUGAGGAUCCAUCGAACCUUUCGUCCGAGUCGGUGAUGCCGAGCGCGGAGACCCCGACGGUCCCGACCCCGGCGGCUCACUAG